CCCGUCACAGACCUGCAGGUAUGAGGAUGGGUGUGAACUAUAAACUGUUAAUUACUGGAACUGAAAAACCUCAUUCAGUGCAGCAAGUCAACAAGAGCAGACAGUUGUUGUCCAUCAGAGCUCUGACUGUGUUUCUAUCCAGAGAAAGAGGAACUAUUUGACCGUCACGAUCACUAAGAGGAGAAAUGGCUCAGCAAGGAAACCAACUGGACCGAAAGAAAAUCUGCUGUUCCAUCUGUCUGGAUCUCCUGAAGGAUCCGGUUACUAUUUCCUGUGGACACAGCUACUGCAUGAAGUGUAUUAAAAGCCACUGGGAUACAGAGAAAAAUAUGAAAAUAUACAGCUGCCCUCAGUGUAGGCAGACCUUCACACCAAGGCCUGUCCUGAGGAAGAACACCAUGUUAGCAGAUUUAGUGGAGGAGCUGAAGAAGACUGGACUCCUAGCUGCUUGUGCUGAUCACUGCUAUGCUGGACCGGAAGAUGUGGCCUGUGAUGUCUGCAUCGGGAGAAAACUGAAAGCCUGUAAGUCCUGUCUGCAGUGUCCGGCUUCUUACUGUGAGAAACACCUCCAGCCUCAUUUAGAAGCACCUCCAUUAAAGAAACACAAGUUGGUGGAGCCCUCCAAGAAGCUCCAGGAGAACGUCUGCUGUCGUCAUGAUGAGGUGAUGAAGAUAUUCUGUCGCACUGAUCAGCAGUCUAUUUGUUAUCUCUGCUCUGUGGAUGAACACAAAGGUCAUGACACAGUCUCAGCUGCAGCAGAAAGGAGCGAGAGGCAGAGAGAGCUCGAGGUGAGUCGACAAAACAUCCAGCAGAGAAUCCAGGACAGAGAGAAAGAUGUGAAGCUGCUCCAACAGGAGGUGGAGGCUAUCAAUGGCUCCGCUGAUAAAACAGUGGGGAACAGUGAGAAGAUCUUCACUGAGCUGAUCCGUCUCAUGGAGAAAAGACGCUCUGAUGUCAAGCAGCAGGUCAGAUCCCAGCAGCAAACUGAAGUGAGUCGAGUCAGAGAGCUUCAGGAGAAGCUGGAGCAGGAGAUCACUGAGCUGAAGAGGACAGACGCUGAACUGGAGAAGCUCUCACACACAGAAGAUCACAACCAGUUUCUACACGACUACCCCUCACUGUCACCACUCAGUGAAUUUACACAUUCAUCCAGCAUCAAGAUCCGUCCUCUGAGGUUCUUUGAGGAUGUGACAGCGGCUGUGUCAGAAGUCAGAGAUAAACUACAGGACGUCCUGAGAGAGAAAGGGACAAACAUCUCACAGACAGUGACUGAAGUGGAUUUUUUACUGUCAGAACCAGAGAACAUGACCAGAGCUGAGUUCUUAAAAUAUUCAUGUGACAUCACACUGGAUCCAAAUACAACAUACACACGGCUGAUAUUAUCUGAUGGGAACAGAAAAGUAACGUUAAUGAGUAAACAUCAGUCUUAUUCUAGUCACCUAGACAGAUUCACUGAUUGCGGUCAGGUCCUGAGUAAAGAGAAUCUGACUGGACGUUGUUACUGGGAGGUGGAGAGGAGACGAGGAGGAGUUUGUGUAGCAGUCACACACAAGAAUAUCCGCAGAGCAGGGAGCUCAGAUCAAUGUGUGUUUGGAUGUAAUGACAAAUCUUGGAGGUUAGAUUGUGACUACAACAGUUAUAACUUUUAUUACAACAAUGUCAGCACUCCUGUCUCAGGUCCUCAGUCCUCCAGAGUAGGAGUGUACCUGGAUCACAGAGCAGGUAUUCUGUCCUUCUACAGCAUCUCUAAAACCAUGACUCUCCUCCACAGAGUCCAGACCACAUUCACUCAGCCUCUACAUGCUGGACUCUGGUUUGAUAACUGUUGGUCUGGAGUCUCUGCUGAGUUGUGUAAACUGAAGUAGACAGAAGUCAUUAACGAGACAGAUGUUUAACUUGCUGUGUUUUAAAUCUUCAACUUGAUUUUUAUUCAUACUCGUUGCUGACAUCUGAUCAUCGUCACCUGUCAAUCAAACUUAAUGGGCGGUACUUUGGCCUCUCCUCGUCUGUUCUGUAAAUGUUUGAGUGUCUUUAAGUGACACUCCUUCCUGUGUCUGUUUAGCCGUGGACUCUUUCACUGCUCAGGAUGACUUUUGUUCACCUGAACUGGCAUUUCUCUGCAUAAAAAUAUAAACUUCUCUCCGCUCUCCAUGUUUGAUUAUUUGUAUUCAUAUGUUGAUAUGCUGUUGUUAAAUCCACCUCUACUUUAGAUGUUGUGUGUGCCUUUUUCUUUUCCUUUUCUUUAUUUGAAAAACGAAUUCAGCAAUUCAUGUACACAUUAUAUUCAGUUUUUUAGCAACGCAUUCUUAUAAGUAACUGUCUGGAAUGAUGAUUGUGUAUGACGUUUGCAAUAAAGUGAUAAAAAAAAGAGAGAAACCCUUAUUAUUUCAAAAUAAGAGCCUUAUCUG